AGCCGCCGCAACCCGCGAAGCCCUCGGCGCCGCCGGCGCAGCCGCCGAAUCCGCCGCAGCCGCCGCAGCCGCCGCAACCCGCGAAGCCCGCGGCGCAGCCAGCUCCGCCGCAGCAGCCGCCACCGCAGCCGAAGAAGCCGCCGCAGCCGCCGCAACCCGCGAAGCCCUCGGCGCAGCCAGCGAAGCUGGCGCCGCCGCCGCAGACUCCGACGCCGCCGCUGCAGCCUCCGCAGCCGCCGGUGGCACAGCCACCAGCGCCACCACCGCCGCAGGCGCCGCGCAGGUCGCGGAUGCGCGACUGGACCACGGCCGAGGGGCUCCUGCAGCCGACGAGGUCCUUCUGCACGACCUCUGCAGGGGCACAAGGUGGGGAUUCAGGGACUUUGGGUGUCCAAGUUGCCACAGAUUGGCCAGCCCACGGGCGGGUUUUUGGAAGAAACCGAAAUGGUCAAAACAUCAAACCUAGUCAAAAGAGCACGACACAUCGUCACCACACUAUUUUUGGACUAUUUUUGAAUAUUUCCCUCCUGUAGAGGGAGAUGUCCGACUUAAAACUGGCUGGUCAAGGCGAACAGAAACAAGCGGGCCAACUUGAUUCUCUGUCGAGUUGGAACUCCUCUCGCU